AUGGCCCACGACCAAGAGUCUCCGGCCCCAGACCCCAGACACGAGAGUGAUGGAGUCGAACCUACGCCGCACCUCGAGCGUCGAGGAUCUGCUUUCUUGAAUUUCUUCUCGUCGUUUAUGGGCUCGAAGAAUCCCCUCGCGAAAGCUGCGGACCGACAUCAACACACCGUGUGGUUAUUCGACAACACGGCCUACCAACCCGUCGUAGAGGGGGAUAACUCCCCAUCUUCAUCAUGGCAAGCCGAGGUCGUCGCCUGCAUCUUCGAGAAGAAUGGUCGCAAGGAUGCCGGCAAGUGGAUCGCCGCUAUCGCCGAUCAUAUCGGUUUGGACGGUGAGAUGGGCCGCGACAAGGAUGCACACGAGCGCAUUAAGCAGCGCGUGCAGCCCUUCCUCGACCAGGUUUCACCAUCGAAAACUCUGACCUUGGAAGCUAAAGUGGAUGGCGCACUGCAAACGCACCCGAUCGGCCCCUCCGAUAGAAAUGGCAUCAUCAGCCAGAUUAUUGACCUAGGCGUAGGUGGCGUCCAGGAUGGCACGGUUUUUUCCCCGCAUAUCCAUGGCUUCAAGCUCCCUGCUGCCAAAGCUGAGACAAGAUUCGCUGCCCCGGAGGGCUGGAUGGUGAUCUCGGACAUUGAUGACACAAUCAAACGUACCAUGACGAUGGAGACGACGGGAAUUCUGCGAACCACCUUCGCCGAGGAGCCUGUACCUAUCGCCGGUAUGCCGGAGUUCUAUCGACAUGUGCAAGACGAGUUGAAUCCGGCUUGGUUCUACCUGUCCGCAUCGCCGUACAAUCUCUACCCAUUCCUGCACUCGUUCCUCCAUGAGCAUUAUGCGCUUGGUACACUUAUUCUGCGAGACUACUCGUGGAUGGACGUCGGCGGAUUCAUCAGGUCCUUCACCGAGAAAACACAAGAGUACAAGGUUGAUCGGAUGGAGAAGAUUCAUCAGUGGUUCCCGCUUCGUCGCGUGCUUUGCAUUGGCGACUCGACCCAGAAGGAUCCAGAGGCUUACGCGGAAAUCUACCAACGCUAUCCCGGGUGGAUCCAUGCGAUUGCAAUCCGAAAGGUUACAAAUGUUUCCAAUAUGGAGGAGAAGAACAAACCCGAGAGGUUUGAGGAGGCUUUCAAGGAUGUUCCGAGUGAUGUAUGGACGGUUUUUGAAGACCCGAUCGAGCUAUAUGACUUUGUUGAUGGGCUUGGGAUGGAAGAUCAGGACUUUUAA